GGAAGGUCGUCUUAUCGGAGGACUUUUCUGCCAUUGGGUGCAGUUCUCAACCAUGGGACUCUGUAAGAGGGAGCUGAUUGGUGGCCUUGAACACUCCCCAGUGGCUGUUUGUGAGUAGGAGGAAAUUGAGAUUUAGGUAGUGAGUGUCUGCUAGGUGGGGAUCAUGUAAAGUAAUGCAGGGGGACCCGUGUUAUCAUACAGGGACACCGGGCUGCCGGCCACAUGGUUACUAUGAAGCCAGCUGCUAAGCGAGAAGGUAUAGCACGUGUCUGUAUGGGCAUUGUGGCCCCGCUCUGUCUAUAUGGACCACUUUUUGUAAUGUGCUGUUUUUAUGUUUUGUCCAUGUGGCCAAACAAGUUUUCAGAUACAUAUUUUGUUAUUAUCUGAAGUGUGUGUGUGUGUGUGUAUGUAUAUAUAUAUUAUGUUAAGUGGCUAGGAAAGAAAAUUGCUGUUUUUGAUUGGAUUGUUAUAAUUUAGCCACUUUUUAAAAAGCCUAUAAAAUGCAUGUCUAAAACUUGAUGUUCUGUUGUAGGGCCAUUAUAGGCACCAUAACCACUUUACCAGAAUGAAGUCACUUUUGUCUGGCAAUGGAAAACUCCAAAGAGACGGCAGUGUUUUUUUUUUGUUUUUUUGUUUUUUGCCAAACGACACCUCUAGAAGAGAUUUCUCACUGAAAAUCUUGGAUUUUCAAAGUUCUUCACAUUCAGCAUCAUCACACACCUGAUGAUGCAACCAUAUUCAGUGCUCCCCAAUAAGAAAUUGUAUAUUUGGUGUCCUGCUGCUUUCAUCCUUCUUGACCAGGAGAAGCUAGAUGACGGUGUAGGCAUUCAUUCAUUUCCUGAGACAGUUAGCUAAGUGAUCUCAGCCAAUGAAUGAGUAGCUGUACUAAAUAAGAUUAUCAUCUGCUCUUGCUAGCUAUGAGGAGACUGGAAGCCGAUGGUACCCAGUGGGAUUUAAAUAUGUAGCAAACAAUGCUACAAUGGCUUUGCAGAUUACACUGGGAUAACGCCAGGCCACUUCUGACGCCAUAACUACUACAGCAGGUGAGUUUAUACAGUUAUUAUUUAUAUAGCUCCAUCAGAUUCUGUAGCGUUGUACAAUGGGUGGACUAACAGAUAUGUAAUUGUAACCAGACAACUGGACUUACAUGAACAACAGGGGUGGAGGGCUCUGCUCAAUGAGCUUACUUUCUAGAGGGAGUGGGGUAUAGUGACACAAAGGGUAAAAGUAGCAGUAUGAAGUAGGUUGUUACAAAAGUAUUCACUGAGGGCUUAGUAGGUAAUUUUGACAGUUGCAGGAGAGGAGUCAUGGAGGGUGGGGGAUAAAAACCUGCUAACCACUUUCUUGAAGAAGUGAGUUUUCAAUGAUUUUUUGAAUGAGUGGAGACUGGGUGAAAGUCUAACAGAAAAGAGAAGGGAGUUCCACAGAAGAGGUGCAGCCCUGGAGAAAUCUUGGAGGCGAGCAUUAGAGGUGGGAGUACAGACAGAGGAUAGACGUAGGUCUUUGGCAGAGCGUAGGGGCCUCAAAGGGGCAUACUUGUGUAUUAGGUGGGUUGGAGCAGCAUUAUGUAGGGACUUAUAAGCAAGCAACAGAAUUUUAAAUUGAGCCCUAUAUCUAACUGAAAGCCAAUGCAGGGACUGACAGAGCGGGGAGGUGCGAGCGGUCAGGAAAAUGAGCCUCGCCGCCGCAUUAUUUAUAGAUUGCAGCGAUGCAAUCUGGGAACACGUAAGACCACUGAGAAGGGGAUUGCAGUAGUCAAGGCGAGAGUGUACAACAGCAUGGACCUGCACCUUAGCCGAAUCUGGUGUUAAAUAGGGGCGGAUGUGCACUAUGUUUUUGAGAUGGGAGCGACAGGAUUUGGCAACUGAUUGGACAUGAGGGGAGAAGGAGAGGUUGGAGUCAAAAAGAACACCCAGGCAGCAAGCCUGCGAGGUAAUGGUAGCGCCGUUGACUUGGAGGGAGACAGACACUGACGUAGUAACACUUGAGGGAGGAAAGACCAUAAGUUCUGUUUUGGACAGGUUGAGUUUAAAGAAGUGAGCAGCCAUCCAGUUGGAAAUCGCAGAGAGGCAGUCAGAGACACGAGUCAAAAUGGACGGAGAUAGAUCAGGAGAGGACAGGUAGAUUUGCGUGUCAUGUACAUAGAAAUGAUAACGGAAGCCAAAGGAGCUGAUGAGUUUACCAAGGGAGGCAGUAUAGAGAGAGAACAGUAGGGCACCAGAGAACAGAAGCUUGGGGGACCCUGACAGAGAGUGGUUGGAGGGAAGAAGCAGAGUCAGAGAAAGAAACACUGAAAGAGCGCUGGGAGAGGAAGGAGGAGCACCAGGAGAAAGCAGUAUCCCGUAGACCAAAAUUAUGGAGAAUGCGGAGAAGCGGUUGAUCAACAGUGUCAAAGGCAGCAGAAAGAUCAAGGAGAAUUAGGAUAGAGUAAUGGCCACGAGAUUUAGCAGCAAUUAAAUCGUUGAAUACUUUGGUCACAGCCAUUUCGACAGAAUGACCAGCGCGGAAUCCAGACUGAAGUCAGUCUGGUAUACACAACUCUCUUGAGGAUCUUGGAGGCAAAUGGCAGUAGCGAUAUAGGGCGGUAGUUGGAUGGGGAGUUGGGGGCAAGGCUGGGCUUUUUUAGAAUUGGGGUUACAGUUGCAUGUUUGAAGGGUGAGGGAAAUGUGCCAGAGGAAAGGGAGAGAUUGAAAAUAUUAGUGAGAGGGAGACAAGUGCGGAUGAGAUAUGACGGGAUAGGAUCACGGGAACAGGUGGUGGGGCGGGAGGACUGGAGCAGAAACCUCUUCUGCUGUAGCAGGUGCAAAUUAGUGUAGAAUGGUGGAGGUAGUGGGGUUGGGUGAUGUAUUGGUAGCAGAAGGAGAGAAAUUUAAAGAUCUCUUCUCUGAUUGUAGAGAUCGUAUCAGUGACGUGAGAUGCAAAGUUUGCGGUGAAAAAGAUGGUAGAAGGUGGGGGAGUAAAAGGGCGAAGAAGGGCAUCAAAAGUGUGAAAUAGGUGUUUGGGUUGAUGGGACAGUGUACUUAUGAGGGUGUUAAAGUAAUUUACUUUUGCAGCGGAAAGAGCCAGGCUAUAGGAGCGCAGCAUAGAUUUAUAGUGGAGGAAGUCAGAUGCAAAGUGAGACUUUCUCCAGCAGCGCUCAGCAGUUCUACACAUUUUUGGAGGUAAGCUUGGUGUGCCAGGUUGUAAUUGGGGGCGCUUGCUUCGUUUACUUGUAGGUGGUGUCAUGAUGUCGAGUUGAGAGGAGAGAGGUGAGUUGUAGAGUGAGGUUGCAGAGUUAGGCCAAGUUAGAUUUGAGGUGGGUAAAAGGAAAGUUUGGUGGAGAAAUGCUGGAGAUCAAGGCAGUUGAGGUUUCAGUGACCGAAAGUCUUUAAGAACAUAUUUACCAGCACAGUCUAUAUCUUAGAAGUAACUGCAUGUGUCUGUACUAGCACAUAAUAAACCCUUCCAGAAAACAUUUAGGAGCUUAUCUUUUCGUAACAUAAGGGAAUGUAAUAUAGUCCAAACACAAUAUUGACUGGCUAACUGUGACAGACAGGUUUACAGAACUUGUGUAGAUUAUGCUUUUGUUGCGCACUCUCCUUUUGCGUAAACCAAAACCUUUCAUACCUUAUCUAAAAUCACUUUCAUGAAUUUAUUGUAAGUAUUAACAUACCUGGAAACUAGGCAACACUUGUCUACUAUACCAUCUCCCAAAUUCCACAGUUAUUGAAUUUCCGCUUCUACAGGAUGAAACACCCAGUCUCCCUUACAAUAUUGGCUAAGUGGGUUUAAUUGCAGUUGAUCUGUUUGGAAACCAAUAUAGGCCAAAUAACCCACACUCCUGUCAUCAUUAACCAACCUCUACCAUAGCUUCCUUUAACAUCCUUUCUUGCUUCCAGCUCUUUGACUAAGCACUCCCUAUUCUUUAAACACUUUAUACAGACUUUUGGCUAUACUGAAUACACAAUUUAGUUAAUAUAGUCGCAGCCCUGUUCUCUCUAUCCAUCUUAUAUGGUGUUGCUUGUUUGGGAAGUCUCUGAUCCCUUUCACUACAAAACUUGAAUUACUCAAUUGUCAAUCCACCUACGUAGCAUCAAUAGUGAUAUAUUCCUACAGCACACUUUACUCUUCUGAUAACCUUACUAGCUGCAACAAUGCAAAUACUACACAGUAGUAACGGUAAUUUCAACCAUUGAAAACAUUUUUUUUCCCUAUUUGCACCUCUUACACACUCCCCACCCCUCACAUUCUUCAGUAAAACCUGCAAAAAUAAAGUGUUUUAAUUACCUGGUAAAGAUCCCAGCGCUGUCUUUCACUCCAACAACUGAUGCCAGUUAGGGCUUCGCUCGGACCAAUAAAAUGCUUUUUUAUAGACCGUUUCAAGCUGAAAUGCUGCACAGACUCCUACCACCAUGGUCACUUCUAAAAGUAGUCGUUGUGGUGGUUGGAGUAACUCUUUUAGGCAUUUCACUACUCUACUACUUUUCUCAACCAAAUAAAUUUCUAAAGGAUGCCCAACUCAUAGUUCUCAACACCAUGCAGAAUUAUUUAAAGCAGGUCUUCCAUUUUAAACUUGCCUUGCUUCAAUUUUUUCUUCUUCUCUUCCUCCAUUCUAAUACAUUCUUUCUCCUAAAAUACAUAAGGCAAAGUAGGAACUGCUUUGCUUUAUGUCAAAUGACGGAGCUACCUCUGUCAAGUUUUGUUACUUAACCCAGCCGUUGCUAGUGGUAUUAUAUUGCUCAUUGUAAGACAACCUGUAUGGAGGAUCCCACGGGAUCCUCAAAUAUUGCUAGUCCUGUACUCUUGCGCAUGCGUGAGAGUACAGCAUUGACGUGUGCUCCUGGCAAAUGAAGCACCGGGUGCUAAAGAAGGAAGAUGGCAGCAUCAGGUAGAAAUAUUUACCCACCACUAUACCCAGUGGUAAGGAUUGGCUUGGCCACUCUUUCUCACCAGUGACAAGGGCUGUGGUCUUCUCAAGCUUCUUGACAGUAAGCAGGACAGUCUCUGUGGGCUCUUAAUAGAUGUGCUAUCUCCUUCAGAUACACAUGUUCUAAACAAUCUGUUUGUGAUCACCAUUGGUUUUGAGGAAAUUUUACUGUGAUCUUCUCACUGUGUUAAAGGGACACUAUAGUCACCUCAACUACAACUUAAUGUAUUUGUUCAGGUGAGAUAUAUAGCUCCCUGCAGGCAAUCUAAUGUAAACACUGUAUUUUCAGGGAAAAUACAGUGUUUACAUUGAUUGAUGGGAAUACCUCCAGUGGCCGUCACUCAGACUGCCACCAGAGGGACUUCCUAUCAUCUAGGGCCCUAAAAGGGCCUUGUACACAUCAGACAUAUUAAGAUACGUCUGUUGUGUGCAGGAGAGAGACGGCACUAUGUGCACGCCUUCUCUCUCCAGCCUGUCAGCAGAGGAGAGGGGGCGGGCAAAGACCGCAAGCUGAGCUGUCAGGCAGCUCAGCUCACGGCCACGCGCAUGAGCGGUAGUGAGCUCAGGACUUCAGAGGCCUUAUGAAGUAUGUGCGCAUGUGCAGCGAAGCCACGCAUGCGCACAAGGGAGCAAUGACGCUUCCAAAUGGAAGCGUCUGAUUGCUCGCUUCCGCCUAUUUCAUCAUUUUUAACGAAAUAGGGGGCGCGGCUUCACGAGGCUCCCGUGCAGGAACCAGGUGAGUAAACUACUCUGCCUGGAGAGUCCAUUUAAUAUGUUCAUCUAUGUCUCCAUUAGAAUUCAUCUCAAAUAUUGUUUUCUUGAUUACUGGCGACUUUCUUGACAUAAGGUGAGGUGCUCUCGAAAGCAUAGAAUUACUUGUUGGCAUGGACUACUAACCUUUUUCUCUUGUGUAUUUAUAUCUUGGUUCUGCAAAUACCUACACCUCGCAGACCCAUUACUUUGAUUGUGUUCACUGGCUGGUAGACUGCUUAGGAAAAACACUGUUUAGUGAAGAUUUUCCCUCCUUGGAUAAAGUUUACUCUGUCAUACAAUGUUGCUUUAAGGUACCAGAGUAAUUCUGUUUCAUGUAUUUAGAUUUAUAAGCAGUUGUUAUUCUUAUUAUUAUUUUUAUUAUUUAUAUAGCACCAUCAGAUUCCGUAGCACUGCACAAUGGAACGGUUAGUUAGACCUUUUGGUGGGGACUUCAUUUCCCUAUACUCUCAGCUAGUUGGCACACAGCAAUUUAGGAUCAUUAUAGGCAAUCUGACACUAUAGCAGCAGUGAGACAAUCGAUUGUAUAUCAGCUAUAGUUUAUUCCAGAUUACCUAAAAUCCUCCUAAAAGGAUAUUAAUCUAGACCAAGAUUUUUUCUGUGUAUAUACUUUAUUACCUAUAAUCUGUAAUUUUAUGUCUGUUGCAUAUUUCUUUUUCUUAUAUUUUGGAGGGGAAUACUCCCCCCCCCUAACAAUUUUGUUCUGUAAAUACUAAUUUCUUGCACAUUCUUUAUUAACCACAUUAUUUUAAUGAGUUAUUAAACGAUAAGUCUUAACCUUGUUAUUGAGAAUUGGAUCUAGGCAUUAAACUAUCCAUUACUCAUGCACACCUAUAAUCACUCCCUCCAACCACCUGCCACAGUAUAACCACCUCAUUAUUCUCAUCUUCCUAAUCUUUAAACACCCACCUUACAACCACUUUCUAUAGAUUUUUUAACAUGCCUCAGAUUGGCCUCAAUCUAAGCCACCAAGUUCUGCAGCUAUCUGGGUCUGUGGUCCAACUUCAAAAUUUUUCAGAUGUGCUUCUAGUCCAGUAUGCUUCUCCCCAAACAUUGUUUCUCAUAAACUCGGGAUGUCUUCACAAACAUUAUUAUUUAAAUUUUUUGAAAGUGCUUGUAGACUUCAUUAGCCAGUCCUCCUGCUCAUUAUAAAUGAACUUCAUAUGCAUUUUCCUUCUAUUACAAGUUAGAUAGCCAAACAUAAAUUGCAUGAGACCAAAAUGUAAAACGGAGACACACAUUUUCCCAUUGAUACAUUGACAUAUCGUCCAGAUUACAAAUUGGAGGCUCAAGCAGAAAUAACUUUUGUUUUACUGACAAAAACUUAGAGACAUUAACUUUCCAAUUUGAUCUAAAUUGGAAGUAAUUUAUGCAAGUAAAUAAAUUAGAUGUAAUUAACGCGAUGUCUGUGAUACUUCCAGGUGGAUGAAAAAAGCAUGCCAAACUCAAAGAUUUUUCUCCUCUAAUGCACCUGUCACUACUAAGCUAAUAACUGUAGUGACAGGUUUGAUGGUUACAUGAGUAACCAGAUUUGGCUGUCAGUUCCGAGCAACAUAAUUUUAGACUGUGAUGUUUGUCAUAUGUGUCACCAUUUAACCAUUUUUAAAUUGUCCACAGGGAAUAAAAGUACAAUUUAUUCUGUAGAUAUUGUAUGUCAAAUAGCGAAAACACAACAAACAUGUGAGCUGUUGUCUGAUGGAAGAUGUGAUGCAAAAAAAAAAUAGAAUUUGUAAUAUGUACAAAGAUCUAUUGCAAUUUCUACACUGGUGUCCCUCAUGGUCACUUUAAAGGUGAAGAACCAAUGUAAUUGUAAUACAAUGUUAGCCUUCUGUUGGCAUCAGUAUAUGUUACCCAUCAUUGCAGAAACGUACAACACAUUUUAUUAUACAAGGUUUUGACAGCCAUUUACCAAGCACAUUAAAUGUUUCUUUCAACUUGACAUAUUUCCUUGUCUUGUAUGAAAUUUAAAGGUCACUUUUACUAGAUGAUUAUCCUGUAUAUUUGUUGGAGGUUUUUUUUGUUGUUUAUUUUUAACUAGAUAUUUCAGCAUUUCUCAGAACUAAUAAAAUAAGUUAAAAUCUCUUCUUGCAACUGAGAGGCUUUAUUUUGUCUGCCAGUCAUUGUUUUAAGCUCUGUCAUUUGCAUAUGUCAAUCAGAAAUAAUGCUUUCAUAUUGUGGUUUCUUCAGCAAACAUUUGCUCGAACAAUGUUUGACAUGCUGCUAUUCUAUCAGAUAAAGGGACACCAUAUUAAUUUCAUCUCUUUUAAUUGGUUUUAGUGUCUGAAGUCGUCUGACAUUGUCCCUCCAUUCAGUUUUAAAUCCGUAACUUCCCAUAACUCUGCCCCCACUGGAGCCGUAGAUAAGAAAGAGAUUACACAUUUUCUUCUUGCCGUACCAAUUCAUACCUGCAAUAGGCACUGUGAUAGGUUGAAAACAGUCAGCUGAUAUUCUCAGCCAAUCAAAGCCACCCAUUGCUUCCUCAUUAGCCUGAGCAGCACACUGGGGAAUAGCUGCUGGUAACUUUAUAGCAAUAAAACUUUAAAAACAGUUUAACACGUUAUAUGAAAAAUAAUGCAAAUCAAAAAGGCAGGAUAAUGGAUGGCUUGGUUUACAGACCUUUUGAAGCUGACACAUUGAAUGUUUUUCUCUUCAAUAAAGAUUGUGGUGUCAAGAUGGUUCCAGUACAUCCUAUAGAACAUUCCAAUUGACUGCCUGGCUUCUGAAAGACUGAUUUUUUUUUUGAUUUUUUUUUGGGGGGGGGGCAUAAAGGCUUGGAUUACAAAGUCAUAGAAACUAUGUUGAAAUCUAUCAAAUGAUCCACUGCAUAUAUUUUUCAGUUAGAGUAUGUCAUGGAAACUCCCGUGCCACAGCCUGCUGGAGAGGCAUAACAGCUAGCCUCCUGCCCACAGACUAUGGGCCUUGUGGCGGACCGCCUGGUAACCCGCCUGGGUACAUCCGCCAUUUCAUGUUUUGUAGUAUCACCAAGUACCAUAAGCACUGCACCGGACACCAUAAGCACUGUUGCCCCCCUUAGCCGCAGCUUGGCUGGGGUCUCUCCUUUCCUUCCCACCUUGGACCAACAAAUGGAUCCAGCUCCCAGUGGGAAGACCUCUCCUCCAAGAGCUCCCUUAUUUAGGGCCCCCACCCAGCGCUCAGGGGUGGGGGCGAGGAGGGAAGACAUUAGGUUUUCCCCCGCCCACCCAUUGUUAUUUAGGGCUCCAACCUGCUGCUCAGGUGUGGGGGCUGGGGGGGAGGACAAUAGGUCCUCCCCUCAUUCUCAUUUAGUGCCCCCACGUGCCGCUCAGGGGUGGGGGCCGGAGGCAGAGAACAAUAGGUUCCCUCCCCCCCAAGUAAUCUUUACUUAGUAUUAGUAUGGGAAUUAGGGAGUUAUCUACUAAGCGGAUGCAAGAUGCAGCCGCGGCACGAAUAGGAUUGGAGUUUCAAGCGUAGGAAACCUCCAUAAGACAAAUAGUCCCUACUUUGUCUUCAUUUUUAAAGAAAACUAGAGCAGACAGGAUGAAAUGAAGAACAGAUCCUGAGAGAGGGAGAGAAGAGGAAUCGAUUAAAGAAAGGAAAGUUUGGCCUGAUAGUGCCGCUUUUAAAGUUAAUUUUUUAAGUAUUUAGUGUCUUGUGUAUGAGAGGGGUCUCCUACUCAAACCAGGGUGGCUUUGAUUUAAAUAUAUGAUUCUAAUAAUAUUUGAUAUUUGCAACUAUAUGAAAAUUAACGUUUGGGAUUAGUUUUAAGUUAUAUCACAACUGAUUAUGUUUAUCAUUAGAAAUACAUAGACAAUGAUGAAAUUAUUGCAAGGUGAAAUAUCUCCAGUUUAAUAAGUAAAUCACUCAGAAAAAAAGUACCUAAAGUAGAAAACUAUAAUUUUGUAUGAUUUUUUUUCCCCCUUUAAAAAAAAAAUACAUCUGUUUUAUCAACUGAAAAUUAAACUAAUGUAGUGUCUUGAGAUUCUAUUUUUUAAUAUGUCACCUUUUAUAUCAUCCAUGUUAAUGUUUGCAUUUCUUUCUUUUUUUUUUUUUUUAUAUAUUUUUAUUUUUUUGAUGUACCCUGUUUCGGAGGCAACAAAACAUUUGCAAAUUCCAGUACUUUCUAAAUACCAUUUUACAGGAGUUGUAAAUAAGCAGUGAGAGCGUUAAAUGUCACCAGCUGCCCAGGGAGAUCAACAAUUUAGCUAAGCUGUGAAUGAAUGGAAAACCUAUUUUGCUUCUCCAUAAAUUUCCAUAGAAAAUUCAUUGAGAUAUUUCAGACAGGCUAUUUGUUAAUUUGCAAGAUCUUUUAUGGGUCGAAAUCUGUAAUAAGUGACUGUGGAGAAGGAAUUGUUAAUAUUUCCAUUCAUUUGAACAACUUUGCGUUUACAAAAUGGGACUCUCCUGUGACAAUAUAAUGUGGGCCACUUGACCUAAUUCCAUGCCACUGUGACUAUUCAUUCAGAUGUGCCUUUCUUACUCCAAUUCAAUUAACAGGAUAAUGAAACUGAAAAUUUCGUUCUUUUGUAAUACAGUGGAGAAACCAGGAAUAUUGUUUCAUUUUGUAAAAGUUUGAAGUGUAUUUUUAUUUUCCACACCUGUCCAAUUUUUUUUUUCUCCCUGCAUUAUAGGCGGUAGUAUAGCAUGGGGAGCUGCUCAGUCCUGUAACAUAAAAUUUCCUUGAUUUUAUUAUUAUUUAUAUAGAGCCAGCAUAUACCAUGGCUCUAAUGCAUAUUAAUAUAAGAAAAGGUAAAGAUAAUAAUUCAACAUGUUGUAAGCUUAAUAUAAACAUUGUAGAAUGUGUUUAAAAAUAGUUAUAACUAUUUUCAUUGUCUAGUUCAGAGGAACCACCGUUGAGACCACCAAGAUCAACAUGCUUUGAAUAGCAUAUUCUUGCAUGUCACAAUUAAUUUCAAGAGAUUGACCUAAACAUGCUAGUUGGCUCAGCAAGACCCUGUAGACAUCAACUCUAUGCCAAACUGUUGAGUGCAAUUAGUCAAUUUAUUGACGUUUCCAUUUUGCUGUAAUUGCAUCAAGAGCAUGGUGGUUAAUGUUAAGAAGUCUGGAAACUCAAACUACUUGUUCCUCUCAGCAAGAGCUUUAGGUUAACAGUUGGCAUAUUCAUGUGAGAGAUUCAGUUCUAUUUCUUGUACACAGGUCAAAGAAAUCUCUACAAAUUGGGAAUACUAUUUUGGGUGUGUGUGUGUGCUUUUUUUUUUUUUUUCAUUUAAACCAACUUUAUUCCAAAUAUUUUUUUCUUACAGUAGUUUCCUAAACAAUACCUUUUUUUUAAAAAAAUUUUUUUUUAUCAUUUUAUUAGUGUUUGUAUCAAAAGUCCUAGCAAGAUUAUAUCCCCAUGCGGAUCCACCUACUCCCAGCUUGCAAGUCUCCCCUCUCCUGUCUGAAAAGGCAUCAACGUGCAUUGCAGAGGAAGAUGAUGUGGCAAUUGCACCAUCUCCAACAGAAUGCUCACAAGGUGAUCGUAUAUUCAACUGAAAUAUAUAAUAUAACUUUAAUGUGUGCGUAUAUAUAAACACAUAGAUUAAGAGAGAUUUCAUUUUGUUUAGAAGAGUGUUUAUUUUCCAUUUCCUGCAAACUGUUUAAUUUUAUCAGCGAUACUGGCUUCAGAAUAAUCCAUUUCAGCAUGAAGUUUAAAUAAGACGUCAUAUCUGAUACACAAGUGAGUUAUGUAUAGAAGAACAGUGAUUGAGAAAACACCCCUGAACAUUGACUAUGUAGCACAUAGUCGAAGGUUGCCAUCCGUUCUUCCUGACCUGUAUCUUUCAUCAUUUGUCUGACUUGUCAUAUUAUGCUUAAAAAGCAACCAUAAAAGAAACAAAUUUUGGCAUAUAAGCAGAUCAAAUUGUUCACAGAAAUGACAAGUUUUUAGGACAAUAAUGGGGAUUGAUGAUUCAAAGAAAACAUUGUGCAGACGAGACAGGAUGUUCCUGGACUGAUAAAUUGAGCAUUUCAAAGCUAGAAUAAUAGAACUACAAAUGAAAAAUGGGUGCUGGCCACAUUUUUCCCUUUCCUGUUUAAUACAUUGCAAUAUUUUAACUCCAUGUUUAAACAACAAAUCCAAGUACACUUAGUUUUACAUGAAUGCAAAUUAGUUUGUUUUAAAUAACUUCAUGGCAUUUUUCUUUAUGUAUUGUAGGGCUUCGUUUCUUCAUAAAGAGUUGUUGAAUUUGUGUUGCAAAACACCACCACCAUAUUGAUUUGUUCAUGUCUCAUCUUCUCAUUCUACUAGCUCGUUGCCUCACAUUAUGUCCAUUUUUAUGUUUACAUAAUGUCUGCAGAAAUAAUGAAAUCAAUAUGGACAAUCUAUGUGAAUUUACAGUAUAUUAAAUAGUAGUUUGGUUUUUCAUGCAGCAAACACACACACACAUACCUGCUCAGUCAUUAAAGGACCUGUGUAGUGAGCCAAAAGGCCGAUACUUUUUUUUUUUUUUUACACUUAUUUUACGUUUGUAAAAUAAGUUUGUGUCACCUAUUGGCCCAAUAAAUAAGUUAGGUGGAGCUAUACACAAAACUAUAGUUUCCUAUGGCUGGGUGGAACCGUAACCUUAAACAGAGAGGAUAAAUACAACCGUGUAGACGUAUAAGAGGUCUGUCCGAAAAAAGUCUAACCAUUGUUAAUAUGGCAAAAGCGUUUUGCGCGACCUUGGUGUAACCUGGCAGCCAAGGAGAGUGGACUGUAAUACACAUGUGUGAACAAUGACGAUUUCACAGUAUCCGUCAGUCAGGGUGCUAGACGCCAUUGAGUGAGCAUUCAAAAUGACUGAACAGAUUUGUUGCAGGAAUUGUUGAAGGAAUGGACUUGAACAUUCCUCCACGGUAACUGGAAAAACUGGUGAGUAUCAGUGCUCAACAUCUAUAAUUAGCAGCAAAUCACCAACAAGGGGUUCUCUCCACCAUUGUGAAGUGGAUAGAAACGAUAACAGACAGGAGGUGAUCAACGCUUAAGAUUAUAUAUACAUAUGAUACAGAUGAUAUUCUUAGUAUAUGAAUCUAUAAGUACAAAGCAAGAAACAGAUUAUGGUGCAGUACAGUAGAUGUAUGUGAAGGGUGUACAAAUGGGCAAAAGUGCACUCACACAUUUUAGAGCUUUCUCAGCUCUAUUAUGAAGGCCUGGAUGGAAUAAUCCCCAUUUAUGGAUAUAAGUGGAGGGUCUCUGGAGCCUGUUUUCAGGAUGGAGUAGGUAUAUGUGAAAAAAGACAAAUUAGGAAAUCCAAUGGUAUAGUAUAUACAAACAAUUGGUAUUGAUGGAGGGAAAUAUCCUACUUACAUCACCCAGAGCAAUGUCCUUCUCUGGUAUGAAGAACUUGAGGUGGAACAAUCCCCACCUAUGGAUAUAUAAAGGAACCGGAAUGCGAUGAGGGCUGUAUGAAGGAUGUACUCCACAGGUGAUGUUAUAUAAACUAGUAGGUUUAUUAAAUAAAAACAACAGCUGUAUAAAUAAAAACAAAUAACAAACAACAUUUAUUUUAUCCACAGUUUGUUUAUUUGUUUUUAAUAAAUCUUUAAAUCUUAAAAAAUAAUUUUCUGUAGAGCUACUUUCAGAAGUUAAAAUAAUGCUCCAAUAGUUUUGGUUUAACUAUUUAAAAAAGAGGUUUAAGGUUUUGGGUUUUUUUUGUCCCCUUUCCAGAUAAAAAGAAUAUAUCAUUUAUGAAACCUUGAUGAGGCAACAAGUUUGCAUUCUAGGGGUGCUUCUGAAAAAACACCUUUCUUCCAAGUAGUCCAUAAAUAAAUUGGCAUCAAAACUGUCCUUAAACCAAAAAUACUUGUAAGGAUUACCAGUAAAUUAAUGCCCUCUAAAAUAAAUUUAAUUUGUUCUUCUAUAAAAUCUGACUUACUUAAGAGGUGUUUUAUAGCCGCCAUACCUAUAUCAUGAGGCAUGAUGUUAUAUAGUAAGGUAACAUCACAUGUGAUGAGGAGAUAAUUUUCCUUCCAUGUGCUUCUUUUGUGCUAGUUUGUAAAACAUGGAUGGUAUCAUUAAGACAGGCAGGAUUCUUAACUACUAUAGGUUGGAGCAGGAUGUCAGUGUAUGCAGAUAUCCAGAAUUAUAUAUUGACUAUACCAGAUAUAACAGGUCUACCUGGGGGUUGUUUCUAUCCUUAUGGACUUUUGGUAGGUGGUAGAACACUGUAAUUCUAGGUUUUACUUGGCUUCUUCAUCUGUUAAAAUAUUUAUUAUGUCUUUUUUUUUUUUUUUAUAUAUAUAUAUAUAUAUUCAUCAUAUUUCUCUUUAAUUUGUUCUGUGGGGUUUAAAGAUAUCUUCUUAUAAGUAGUAUGGUCCAAGAGUAAGUUUGUUGCCUCUUCCAUAUAUUUCUCUUUAGUUAAAACUACUAGCCCCGUCUCCCUUCCCCCCUUAUUUAUAUGCACGUUUUAUUAUAAGAUCUUCACUUUUUUGGAAAUCCAUAAGUGCUUUCUUUCUACUGGGGUUACAUUUUGCUGAAACUUAUUUAGUUUCUUAAUUUUUCCUACCUCCUUCAUAGCCGUAGUUUUAAAUGUUUUAGUUUCCCUUGUAGUCAUUUCUUUUUUGGAAGCAAACAAAGACAUGUCAUGAUUCCCUUUUAUUACAGAAGUUUGGUCCUUAAGGGGUUAAAUAUGUGUGGAUGAAUCCCACUGGUUGAUCUAUAUGUCCUUCUCUUUUAUUGUGGGAAAAAAACGUUUAGGCAUAUUUUUUGCAAUGCUUUGACUUCUUACCUUGGUCUCUGGGUGCAAGGCGCUGAGGCUUCUGCAGAUACCAUUGCCAUACAUUGGCUGAGAGUUCUGACCAUAGGAAUGUGAGCAGAAUUAACCAUAGCCAGCCCAGAACUCUUGUUUUGGACUGGUUAAUGAUGCCCCAAUGAUGCUGCUGGGGUUAAACUCUGUAGGUUUAGCAUUUCAUAGUAAAAUGCUGCACAUACAGACUGCAGGCACAUGGCAACUUCAAAUCACUGAAGUGGUCAUGUUGCUUGGAGUUACCUUAUAAAGCACUUUGCUUAUACUUAUAGCUCCACACUUCCUCUCUUCAUUAAGAUAAAGAAAAUGUAAUGCUUAGCGUACUCCUUUAAUAAAAAAAAAAGUAUGAAAAACACUCCAAAAUCAUGUUUUAAAACACUCCAAACAUCACAGCAACUACAUCCCAAUGUAGGUGCCAGCAGUGACCUGCCGUCCUUCAAAGAAAGCAUUUAAAGCAUUUUUUUAAACAAUUUAAUACUUAAAUUGAGUCAUCCAGGCACUGUUCUAAAUUCCUCUCCUCUGGCUGGCUUGCAGAUGCAUUUUCUUGGACUGAGGGCAUAAUGUUCACAAUUUUUUAAGUAUUACUUGCUAUGCGUUGCCAGUGUGGUCUGAAAGCAUCGAUUGACUAUCAGCCUAUCUCUUCUGCUUAAGUAAAUGCUUCUACAUAUAAAGGAAGACAGAGUAAAGGGAGCCAGACAGACCCUUACGUAAGUGUUAAACCAUUAGUAAAUGAUUUAACACUGAAAAGUGUGAAGGUGCCAAAGGAUUCUAGGCGCCAUAACCACUUAAUUAAUAUGAAGUGGUUUCGGUGCCCAGAAUAGCCUUUGUAGUUUAUAUUUUCUUCAGUGAAACUCUUUGAUUUAACAAUUUGCAUGUGGCAAAUGUUUUAUAUAAAAAUAAUUCCAAAUAAAAAUACUUACUAUAAAAAUAUAAUUGUGAGAGAAAUAUAACUCUACUUGGUAAGUUGGUGGUAUUUCAUACUGGCACCUAAUACUAUUCUACUUGCUCACUAACGGUCCUUUAAAUAUCUAAAGCAUAUUUAUCAUAGUUGGUUUGAUUCCUGAUCGCGAAGUACUCCAUUGAUUUAUUUUGGAGAAAGGGGAGGGGGUUGACCUGGAAGAUUUACAUUUUUCUUUGUUUGAAUAUACAAAUGGUUUAAAAAAAAAAAAAAAAAAAUCAUGGAAAACCUCUUUUAAAACAAUGUACUUUGUUGACUUUUAGAUGGUGUGACGGACAUUCAGCAAACCCAGAAGGUCUAUACUGUUAGUCUCCCUCCUGAAGACUGUGCACACAUAUCACAUGAAGUCUGCAAAUCUUCAACCUCCGAAGAGUCAGAAGACAAAGGCGAUGAAGGUAUUGCAUUUUACUGAGCACUGUAUAUGGUGAGCAACUAACCUUCGUAAACAAACAGAAUGAGUAAAUUGGGUAAUGGUGCAUCCUCACAAACUUUGACAGUGGGUCCAUUAUGUUUUCCACCUCCUAAAAAUUCCUUAAGACCACCAAACUGAUAAAUCGAAUACACUUCGUAAAAUUGUCUGGAACCCCAACUAUCCUAAUCUCAGUUGAUGCAGAGAUAGCCUACAACAGGGUGGACUAGUCUCUAAUGUUCUCCACGUUGCAUCUCAUUGGCUUUAAACCCAACUGGUUUAGAUGGAUAAGGGCUAUUUACUCCUCUCCUUGCAUAGGCAGACAAAUCCGUCAAAAUGAGUACAAAUAUCACCUAGCCUCCAGCAAUUAUAUGGCCUCAACUUCCCUCCCUUAAUCCAGGUAUUUUAACAGGACUUCAAAUCCAAUAACUCUUCCCACUUUACAUGGCUCUGUAGAGUUAAUAUCCUAAAAUAUAUAUUCUUCCACACUUUCUAUGUCUACAAGUUCUCCUCAUUUCCCUUCCUAAAUUAUUUAUGACCUCAUGUAAAAUUCUUCUUUUCUUUUGGACACACAAACAACCCAUAUUGUCUUACACAUUACUUACCCACAAAUUGAAUGGUGGUCUGGGCCUUCCACAUCUAGAGCAGUAUUACCAGGCAAUUAUGCUAAUCAGACUACAUGAUUGGACAAACAUGAGCAACAACUUACAGUGGUUGACCUAGAAAGGUCUUUUUUUUUCACUGACACUACUUUAACUAUCCCAUGACUGACCCUAUUCACCAGUACCCACCCUACCAUUUCUCCAAUGUUAAAGACAUUGGCACUGAUCAGGCACCAUCUGAUGCUCUCACCUCACCUCUCUCCUGUGUACCCAUUCAUCUAUAACUCUGUUUGGUCUGGGUAGAACUGGCCUCUCUUAUAUACAUAAACUGACUGACUCUACAUAUCUGAAACUGGGAUGUGCCUUAUCCAACUCUGAAGUUAAACUGCUUAAUAUGCUAAUAAACACCUACUGUGCUGGAAUAAUUUCAGUACAUCAAGUUGGUCCACUUCAUUUGUUCCAUCCCGAACUUCCACAAAGGUGACUCUUGUUGUGGUAGUUUUUCUUCUUUUAAAUAUACUCUCCUCCUUUACUGUGCCGAUUCCCUUUAUGAAUUUAAAUGUUUCUACCCAACCCCCCUGUCUCGUCUUUCCUCCAAGCUAUACAUGUUAAGAUCCUUUAACCUUUCCUGGUAAGUUUUAUCCUGCAAUCCAUGAACCAGUUUAGUAGCCUUUCUCUGAACUCUCUCUAAAGUACCAAUAUCCUUCUGAAGAUACGGUCUCCAGUACUGUGUACAAUACUCCAAGUGAGGUCUCACCAGUGUUCUUUACAAUGGCAUGAGCACUUCCCUCUUUCUACUGCUAAUACGUCUCCCUAUACAACCAAGCAUUCUGCUAGCAUUUCCUGCUGCUCUAUUACAUUGUCUGCCUACCUUUAAGUCAUUAAGUCUUCAAGUCAUUUGGUUUCCUACAGCUCUAGUUAAGCUAUGUGGAUAUUUCCGCCAUAGUUAAGCUUAGGGAUGCACCGAAAUUUUGGUUGCCGAAACGGGUCAAAUUUGCCGAAAUUCAAUUUUUUGGGAUGGGGGGAGGGGGGAAGAACAGUAUGGGACAGGUGAGGGGGGGAAAGAACACUAUAUGGGACAGGGGAAGGGGGGGAAGAACACACUAUAUGGGACAGGAGGGGGAAAGAACACUAUAUGGGACAGGGAGGGGGGGGAAAGAACCCUAUAUGGGGAGGGGAGGGGGGGAAAGAACACUAUAUGGGACAGGGGAGGAGGGGAGAAUACUAUGGGACAGGGGAAGGAGGGAGAAUACUAUGGGACAGGGGAAGGGGGGAGAAUACUAUGGGACAGGAGAGGGGGGUGAGAAUACUACAGGGAGUGCAGAAUUAUUAGGCAAAUGAGUAUUUUGACCACAUCAUCCUCUUUAUGCAUGUUGUCUUACUCCAAGCUGUAUAGGCUCGAAAGCCUACUACCAAUUAAGCAUUUUAGGUGAUGUGCAUCUCUGUAAUGAGAAGGGGUGUGGUCUAAUGACAUCAACACCCUAUAUCAGGUGUGCAUAAUUAUUAGGCAACUUCCUUUCCUUUGGCAAAAUGGGUCAAAAGAAGGACUUGACAGGCUCAGAAAAGUCAAAAAUAGUGAGAUAUCUUGCAGAGGGAUGCAGCACUCUUAAAAUUGCAAAGCUUCUGAAGCGUGAUCAUCGAACAAUCAAGCGUUUCAUUCAAAAUAGUCAACAGGGUCGCAAGAAGCGUGUGGAAAAACCAAGGCGCAAAAUAACUGCCCAUGAACUGAGAAAAGUCAAGCGUGCAGCUGCCACGAUGCCACUUGCCACCAGUUUGGCCAUAUUUCAGAGCUGCAACAUCACUGGAGUGCCCAAAAGCACAAGGUGUGCAAUACUCAGAGACAUGGCCAAGGUAAGAAAGGCUGAAAGAUGACCACCACUGAACAAGACACACAAGCUGAAACGUCAAGACUGGGCCAAGAAAUAUCUCAAGACUGAUUUUUCUAAGGUUUUAUGGACUGAUGAAAUGAGAGUGAGUCUUGAUGGGCCAGAUGGAUGGGCCCGUGGCUGAAUUGGUAAAGGGCAGAGAGCUCCAGUCCGACUCAGACACCAGCAAGGUGGAGGUGGAGUACUGGUUUGGGCUGGUAUCAUCAAAGAUGAGCUUGUGGGGCCUUUUCGGUUGAGGAUGGAGUCAAGCUCAACUCCCAGUCCUACUGCCAGUUCCUGGAAGACACCUUCUUCAAGCAGUGGUACAGGAAGAAGUCUGCAUCCUUCAAGAAAACAUGAUUUUCAUGCAGGACAAUGCUCCAUCACACGCGUCCAAGUACUCCACAGCGUGGCUGGCAAGAAAGGGUAUAAAAGAAAAAUCUAAUGACAUGGCCUCCUUGUUCACCUGAUCUGAACCCCAUUGAGAACCUGUGGUCCAUCAUCAAAUGUGAGAUUUACAAGGAGGGAAAACAGUACACCUCUCUGAACAGUGUCUGGGAGGCUGUGGUUGCUGCUGCACGCAAUGUUGAUGGUGAACAGGUCAAAACACUGACAGAAUCCCUGGAUGGCAGGCUUUUGAGUGUCCUUGCAAAGAAAGGUGGCUAUAUUGGUCACUGAUUUGUUUUUGUUUUGUUUUUGAAUGUCAGAAAUGUAUAUUUGUGAAUGUUGAGAUGUUAUAUUGGUUUCACUGGUAAUAAUAAAUAAUUGAAAUGGGUAUAUAUUUGUUUUUUGUUAAGUUGCCUAAUAAUUAUGCACAGUAAUAGUCACCUGCACACACAGAUAUCCCCUAACAUAGCUAUAACUAAAAACAAACUAAAAACUACUUCCAAAAAUAUUCAGCUUUGAUAUUAAUGAGUUUUUUGGGUUCAUUGAGAACAUGGUUGUUGUUCAACAAUAAAAUUAAUCCUCAAAAAUACAACUUGCCUAAUAAUUCUGCACUCCCUGUAUGGGACAGGAGAGGGGUGAGAACACCAUGGGACAGGAGGGGGGAGAACACUAUGGGACAGGAGAGGGGGAGAACACUAUGGGACAGGAGAGGGGGGAGAACACUAUGGAUGGGGAGAACACUAAGUGGGAUGGGGGAGAACACUCAUGGGACGGGAGGGGGGGAGAACACAUGGGAGGAGAGGGGGGGAGAAACACUAGGACAGGAGAGGGGGGGAGAACACUAUGGGACAGGAGAGGGGGGAGAACACUAUGGGACAGGAGAGGGGAGAACACUAUGGGACAGGAGGAGGGGGAGACACUUAAAAAAAAAAAAAAAAAGAGGGAGUGGAGAGGAACAUUAAGCGGGGAGGGAUCACUAAAAGAGAAGGGAAGUUUAUCAUAUUAGAUUAAAUUCAUUAAAAAUUCUAAUAGGAAAAAAAAACUUUUUAAAAAAUCAUUUGGAUGUUUCAGAUUUUACUUUCCUAAAAAAACAGUUUUAGUAGUAACUACUAAACACAGUAAUGCUCGUUCUAAAAACAGAACAUUGGUUAACAAAUGGCAGACAAAGUUCUGCUCCGAAGAAUUAAAAUGUUAUCACGUUCUCUGGGCAGAGUCAUAGUAGUAUAAAGAAAAUAAUACUCAAAAGAGGUCUUCAGCUGUGUUCUGAAACCUGGAACACAAGGCUUGAGAGUUCCCACUCAUGAUUAGUUCUAUAAAAGCAUGACUGGCUAAAUUCAUUGCUGCUUUUUUUGUUAUCUUAAUUUCAUAUUAUUUUACUGGCUUGAUCAAAUUAUAUUACGUGUAUAUUAAUAACUGAUACUACCCAAGUGUUGUCAUCUAAGUUGGGGAGCAAACCACUGCAGAACUGUUUUUAAUAUGAGUUUUAAAGCAAUGAGAGAGGAGGGUUUUUCUGAUGUUCUCCAUGAAAGCAGAUGUGUGCCAUGGAGCUUAGCCAGUCGAAUAAAAAUAAAUUCAGUUUAAUUUAUUUUUGCUUGUUGUAAUUAUUUGUAUGUGGGGUGAAGCACUUAAGGAGAGACCAUUUAAAAAAUGUAAGUAAUGUUAAAUUGCUGAAGCAUGGCUCGGAUUCCAAUAUCUCAGUGACAUUUGUAUGCCUUUUCAGAUAUUUACGGAUGAGUUGCAGGGCAAAUUAGUCCAUUUUAAAUGCGACAUAACUUGAAAAUGUAUUUUAUUUUUUAUUUAUUUUCUGCAUUACUGUACUAGUUUUAUAUUUUUAUGUGUGAAUAAUGGGAAAUGUGUAUGUACUGGUUGUUUGAACUUAAAAGAACACUCCAAGCACUGUAACCACUACAGUGCAUUGCCAGGCAUGCUGACAUGGUAAGUAGUCAAAUCGCUGGGUGCUGGUCACCUUCACCAGGAGACCCGAAAUCUCCUCCGUUGGGGUUAGCUCAUCGGCUGAGAGCAAUCGGCUUGCACACUCAGCCAGUUAGCUGGCCCUGUACUGCUGAGUUUAGGGGAGGGAAUACUAGUGCUGGGCUGACUACUUACUUCAUGUGGGCUCCAUGGUACUUCUGGCACCAGAAUUGGGGAAAUUGAAUUAAAUAUGAUAAAUCUCUUUUCCAAAUUAUAUAGUUUACUGUGAAAUAAAUAAUAUUUAUAUCAUGGUAAAUCACACUUUUUUUGCGUCAAAUCAUUUUAAUUUAAAGUACACUCCAGACACCAAAACAACAAGCGCACUCUCUAACGGUUUAACCCCAAAGUUGCCUCCAGCGGCAAUCUCCGCACCUCCCCUGGUGGCAUCCAGCUUCUGAAAUUAAACUUACAGGAAGCAUGGAGUGGCACUGGUGAUUGGCUGAGAGCAGUCAGUCAGUGACUUCACAUUCACAAAACUGGCUUGGAAAAGGUAUGUUUUUUUUUUUUUCCAAGCCAGUUUUGUGAAUGAGGAGUCACUGAUUGGCUGAGAGCAUUAGCUGACUGCUCUCAGCCAAUCAUUGACGCCCCUGCCAGGUGGCACUCUGCACUUCCUGAAACUGAAAUUUUAAAAGCCAGAUGCCCCCGCGGAGAGCUGAGACCGGCGCUGGAGGCAACUCCGGGGUUAAACCGUGUGGCAGAACCAGCCACCUAUUUGUAUUAAAGGACCACUAUAGUGCCAGAAAAACAUACUUGUUUUCCUGGCACUAUAGUGCCCUGAGGGUGCCCCCACCCUCAGGGUCCACUUCCCGCCGGGCUCUGGGGAGAGGAAGGGGGUUAAAACGUACCUUUCCCCAGCGCCGGGCGGGGAGCUCUCCGCCUCCGAUCCUCCUCCUCUCCUCCCUUUCGGCUGAAUGCGCACGCGCGGCAAGAGCUGCGCGCGCAUUCAGCCGGUCUCAUAGGAAAGCAUUUGCAAUGCUUUCCUAUGGACACUUGCGUGUUCUCACUGUGAUUUUCACAGUGAGAAUCACGCAAGCGCCUCUAGUGGCUGUCAAUGAGACAGCCACUAGAAGAUUUAAGGGCUGGAUUAACCCAUUUAUAAACAUAGCAGUUUCUCUGAAACUGCUAUGUUUUUAUAAAAAAAUGGGUUAACCCUAGCUGGACCUGGCACCCAGACCACUUCAUUAAGCUGAAGUGGUCUGGGUGCCUAGAGUGGUCCUUUAAAGACUGAGUUGGUUCGACAAUUUGGAGUUCCCGGACAGACUAAAACCAUAUUGUUCGUCUGUCGAACAAUCUACCUAACAAUGGGACCACCCAGGGGAGUCGUGUACCUGAAGGUUCUAAGUGGUCGGAUGGGUUAGCGUCAUUAGUAUGACCGAACACAUGGCGGUGGCCAUCUUUGUUCAUGAACACAGACAGCCAUGCUUGGUUGUCGAGUGCAUGGAACUAUAAUUGGACACUCGACGGCACGAACACCGCUGAACUACCAUCCCUUCGUGUGUUCAUUUCAAUUCACCUAUAAAGAGCAGCAUUCGUGUUGAAUAAACUACCGAACACAGGGCACGCGACCCCCUGUUACAAGAACAGUUCCCUUCAUUAUUUUAAUGGUAUAUACUCCCGAAAGAAGACCGGUCAAAGCCUCAAACCAUCUGGAACUAUUUUGGGGUUUCACCUCGUGGUUGACCGGUCUAAACUUCACUCUAAUAGCGUUCCUGAUAUACCGAACGGAUCUGAGUGAUGUUUCGACAGAGUGGGCGCUCAGAUCCCUGCUAUUUGGUGAAGUAGAGUUCUUUCAUGGAGUUCUGAUCAAUAUUAAUAUGUGUUGUGAGGGUUUAAAAUAUUGUAUGUUUUAUGUACCUGGGAGAUAAUGUAAUUAAAGAGUUGUUCUUACUCAAUUAUUUCCCAGGUACAGAGGAGGAGUCUGGGAAAUGUUGCAUUGUCCCCUGUCUCCAACAAGGUCCACCAGGGGAAAAUCCCUGGAAUGUAAAUUUAAGAAACCCCUUGCAUGGGGAGUUGCAUAAAAGCCAGCUGUGGCAGAAUAAAAAUCAGUUGACUUUCAGAACUGUGUAUCAUCCGGUUAUUGGGAUUGUGUCGCUGUACUGCGCUUCUCUUUGAUGUUCUACAGUCUACUAUCGGAGAUAUUGAUUUUAGUAUUGCAGCUCCGCUACAAACGGUUCGAAAACCGUUUAACCGCUGUAGGUAAGAUUUCUCAAGCCAUCACCAUAAGGCAUCAUAACUCCAUUUCAAUUAAUAACAUUUCUCCUACGAUAGAGAUGUAGGGUCAAUACAACAAAAUUAUUUCUUAUUUCCCUAACUGAAUUCAGAAAGCCAGUGAAAUGCACAAAAAAAAAGAAAUUUCAUGGAAACCUUUAUUCCUGAUAUAAACGAAUAGUCCCUAUGUGGAAAUGAAUAGACACUGCAUAACUAAGAGACUAAGAAGAACCGCAAUAAAUCCAAUGGUUACUUUAAAUGCUGUUUAUUUUAACCGCAGUUUAAAAAAAAAUGUAGUUAACAAAAUUCAUAACAGUUUAAUGAGGAGUAAAUAAUAAUGCAUUAAUUUUGUCACGUUAACGUUAGAGGAAAACUCUAUAUUCCCAAAAGGUAUUAUAAAUGAGCAGGUUGUCACAGGAGGCUGCAGCAAUUUAGUUAAGGGAAUAAAGAUGUAUUCCUAACGCGAACGUAUUUCUCACUGGUCUCCUAGCAUGAUACCCUGGCAAAUUACUGAGUAGACUGCAGUAUCUGGGGUUGACCAGGCUGUCAGCCUGUGAUGAGUGUGUAUAGUGUUUCUUGAGUUGGCUACCACAGGCCUCAUCAUGACAGUGCUUAUUUCAUUCCUAACACAGGCUGGUUGUCAUUGGUAGCAAUGGAGUCAUAGAAAACCCAGUCUGCGUUUCUUUAGAAUGCAUCAUGCUCCGUCAUAGUGUGAUGUCUAUACUGAUGGAGUUUGCAGAGAUAUUUAUUUAUAAUAAGUUUAUAGAGAUGUCAUUGCCUCCAGUGUAAGUGUUGAUGGUUGUGUGGUCAGGUAACUAUGGGUCGGGUUAAUUUUAAAGAAGCUGACCAUUUAGUUUUUUUGGGUGGGAGGAUUUUUUUUUCUAUCUCUCUAUAUCUUGGACAUCUCUCUGCCAUCUAUAUAUUUGUGUAAUCACAGCAUGUCGUCUCAUAAUCUCAAUUACUGCAUUUUGCAGAAACUAGACGUGUUUGUCACCAGACUUUUCUAUAUGUUGUAGAGUAUUCAUGUCUUAUGCUAGAAAGCACUCCUCCACUUUUCUGGCAGUCCAGCUAAUCUCUUCUUGCAAAUAUUAAAUUUUUAGAAGGAUAACACCAAAGGGAAUCUUUGAUUUGCAUACGUUCAUAUUGUCGCAUGUAACCUUCAUGUUUAGAAAUGGGUACAGGCACAGCUUGAUUCUUGGACCUCUGAAUAAGCACUUAGAUUUGUAGUAUUUUGCCAGAAUUGUACUUUCACAGUUAAUUGGAAUUUAUAUUCAUGUUUACCAAGAUUGCGGGUAUAAGAGUGGAAAAUGCUUUUUGUGUCCCACUUAGAGGAGAUAAAGGUUCCAGAGAAAGCAUGAGCAUUAUCAACCGUAAAGGUGGCUUCAGGAUGUUCUAAUGUUGGAUAUUUUGGUUAUAGAACGUGGGAUACAAAUUCUGUUACAGUAAGAGGUUAUUGUUUAGAGAGAUAUAGUAAGGAUGUUGCCGAAGGAAGUAAUUAUUUUUAUUGGGUUAUUUGAUUGCCUUUAAAGGGACACUCCAGUGCCAGGAAAACAAACAGUUUUCUUGGCACUGCAGAUCCCCUCUCCCUCCCACCCCCCAUCCCAGGUUGCUGAAGGGGUUUAAACCUCUCCAGUGACUUACCGGAGUCCACCGCAGAUGUGCCUCAGCGCUGGUACAGGGUCCGCCCACGCUCCUCCCCCGCCGACGUCAUCCGGUGGGGGAGACCAAUUGAGAUGGAACAGAAUGUUGUUAGGGUGGAUGGGAAGGAACUAGCAUUACAAGAGCCUUCAGGUAAUGAAGUGUGUGUAAUGAACUGACGAUCUGGGCUUAAGAUGGCAGAAUGUGCAGUAGAUAGUGAUUUGAAGAGCAAGCGCACAAAGAGAGGAGGAAAGGGUUGCAUUUAUAGAACCCGAAGUGCAGAAAAAAAAGAGUAUAAAGUAAUCAGCAGAUGAUCUAAUGGAGUAGCUGUAGCAAAUAACCAUACAUCAAGAUGAGUUCAAGGGUAUCAUCUGUAUGUGUAUCAGAGGCAUAAUUGAUCCACAGAUAAGCCAAAUGAAGAAAUAUGUGUUGAGUACAUUUGGGAGCUCCACAGAGUUACGUAGUUACAUGGGCUGAAAAGAGACAUGUGUCCAUCAAGUUCAGCCUUUGUCACAUCUGUUUAUUGCUGUUGAUCCAAAAGAAGGCAAAAAAAAUCAAGUUUGAGGCACUUCCGAUUUUGCAACAGCUAGGAAAAUCUUGACCCAAAAAUGGCAGUCAGAUUUAUGCUUGGAUUAAGAAGCUAUUACCCUACAGUUGAAACAUUUUUCAUUGAAUAUUCUGUUUUUGCAAGUAUGCAUCUAGUGGCUGUUUAAAAAUCUGUUCAUACACUGAUAAGAUCUCCUUUGUCAGUUUGUUUUACAUGUUGAAUUUUGCAAUAAACCUAUUAGUAACCAUGCAUAAAGUGUAAUUUAUUUGUUUUUUAGGCAAUAUAACACGGCCACACCGAAGAAGAAGAAAAAGGAAGAAAGCUUGUAUCAAUCCUGAGGUAGACCCUGAAAAUUACAACAGUAUGUCACAAAUAAUUCCACAUCCACAAACCUCAGACUAUGUUCCUAUAAAUAAAAACAGGAGGAGGAAACUUCAGAGGAAACGCCAGAAGGAAAGGUUGAAGUCUGCUGGAUUGUGGCCGAAAGCGAGAGGAGCUGAUUCCAUCCACCAUGCAGAUGGUUGUGAGAUGGAAGAAGAGUCUAUAAAAAAUGUCAGUGAAAAAUAUACUGAAGAAGAUCUAAGGAAGAAAUCAGAAGAUCUUUUGGACUUUCUUGGUGCAACUCAAGAUCUCUAUUUCACAGAUAGUAUGUCUUAUUUUUUCACUCUUUAACUGAUUAGAGUACACUGAUCCGCCACAACAUUAAAAUCACAUGUCUACCAUGUAGGUCACCCUCGUCCUUCCAAAACAACUCUGAUGCUUUGAGUCAUGGACUCCAUAAGACCUCUGAACAUGGCUUGUGGUAUCUGGCACCUAGACAUUAGUAACAUAUCCUUUUAGACCUGCAUGUUGCGAGGUGGGCCUCCAUGGAUCAGAGUUGUUACUUUGGCACAUCCCACAUAUGCUCAAACGGAUUGAGAUCUGGGUAAGUUGGAAACAAUAAGAAUUAUGGCAGGGUGAAUAAUCCUGCUGAAAGAGACCACAGCCAGGGUGAAUAAUCCUGCUGAAAGAGAACACUGUUGCCGUGAUGAGGUGAAUAUGGUCUGCAGCUAUCUCUAGGUAGGUGGUACAUGUCAAAGGAACAUCCACAUGAAUACCAGGACCCAAGGUUUCGCAGCAGAACAUUGCCCAGAACAUAACAUGGCCUCUGCCUUGAUCCAAAAGAACGCCAAAAAAACCCAGUUUGAAGCACUUCCAAUUUUGCAACAAGCUAGGAAAAAAAUUCCUUCUUGACCCCAGAAUGGCAGUCAGAUUUAUCCUUGUAUCAAGCAGUUAUUGCCCUACAUUGAAAGAUUAUAUCCUUGAAUAUUCUGUUUUUGCAAGUAUGCAUCUAGUAGCUGUUUGAACAUCUGUAUGGACUCUGAUAAAACCACUUCUUCAGGCAGAGAAUUCCACAUCCUUAUUGUUCUUACAGUAAAAAAACCUUUCCUCUGCCUUAGACGAAAUCUUCUUUAUUCCAGUCUAAACACAUGACCUUGUGUCCUAUGUAAAGUCCGGUUUGUGACUAGAUUUCCACACAAUGGUUUGUAUUGGCCCCGAAUAUAUUUGUAUAAUGUUAUCAUAUCCCCUCUUAGGCAACGUUUUUCUAAACUAAAUAGGUUUACAUUUGUUAACCUUAUAAUAUAUCUUUUUGUUGGUACUUUAUACCUGAUCUAAAAGAAAAUGUGAAAAUGGUCCAGUUCUGGCACUCGUUUCCUCAUUGACGGCGUUUUCGGUUGUUGACCGGAGUGAUCAUGGGCACUCUGACCGUUCUGUGCCUGUGCAGCCUCAUGCAGAGCAAACUGCGAUGCAAUGGGUGUUCUGACACCUUUUUAUCAUGAUCAACAUAACAUUUUUCAGCAGUUUGAACUCAGUACUUCUCUUGUGUGAUCGAACCAGACUGGCUAGCCUUCGCUCCCAACGUGCAUCAAUGAGCCUUGGGUGCUCAUUAGGCUGAUGCCCAUACACCAGUAGUCCUUCCUUGCUCCACUUUUGGUAGUUACUAACCACUGCAUACCAGAAACACCCCACAAGACUUGCUGUUUUGGAGGUGCUCUGACAGUCAUCUAGUGAUCACUAUUUGGCCCUUGUCAAAGUCAUUCUUUUCGCUUGCCCAUUUUUUAUGCUUACAACACCUAGAACUCAAGCACUGACUGUUCACUUGCUGUCUAAUGUAUCCUACCCCUUGACAUUGCAAUAUAAUCAUUGUUAUUCACUUCACCUGUCAGUGGAUUUAUUGUUGUGGCUGAUCAGUGCAUAUUCUUAAAAUUCCCCACACCUCUCAUUCUAAAGGUUCCAACUGUUGGUAGAAUAUUUAUUUAACUCUUAACAUAUUGCUGUUUAAUAUAUCUGCAUUAAGUAUCUACAUCACACCAGGUAAGAUCCUCUAAUGCAGGUAUAUGGAAUUUUACACGUGUAAAAUCAAAAGAAUUGUUACAUACAGUUAUAUAUCUGUUUGUCCAUGGUACCAUAAUUUAAGCACCUGUGAUAUUUAGGUUCAUGGUCUGUUGCUCAUGAGUCAUCAAUGACUUUUUAAAUAAAAUUUAACAUGAAAUUUAAUAAGGCUAUAUACAUUUCCAAUAUAGUAUUUUUCACUAUGAACCCAAGCAGUUACCCCCAUCCAGGACUGGUGUGCGUUAGUGAGUUAGUUAUGCCAUAUCAAAGUGUUUACUUGUCUCAUACUCCAUAUCAUAACUACCGGUAUAAGGAGUGUAUUUAGUUACAAUGUUUUUGUUUGUUGUGGCAUACUUGUUUGACUUUGCAUUGUCAAGAAUGUUAAUGAAAAAAAGUAAUUUGUCCUAAUCUAUAUUUCAUUCAGGGAAAUCCAGAUGUGCAAAUGAUGCAAUAUCUGCAAAUGCUCUUUUUGAAAUCCAGAAUCAGAUCAAGAGCGGUGCAAUGCCUUCAUCAGAUGUUACUGCCUUGCAUCAUCUAAAGACUCUAGUAGUUUUACAGGAUAUUGAAAGAUUAAACGAUUAUUUGGGUAGCUUCAAAGCACAUUCCUCUCUGUCUAUUGGUAUGUAUUUUUCAUUUGUUAUAUCAUUUUUUGCCAACGUAGAACUUUCUGGUUGUCCGCUUGGUGGAUUUUAUUUGCAUCACGUUAACAUAUGAUAAUUCGCUUCACAAUAUAAAUAUAUGAAAAUCUUCUCUGUGGAAAAUAAAUAUGAUGUAUAAUAUAUGUUUUUGUUGGUACGCCAUGCACAUAUUUGUUUACAUUAAAGUCCAAUAGGAGGGACAAAAUGUAUUAACCUGUUCAGUUUAUGGGCUAUAUAUAUAGAUCCAAGUCCAAAUAUUCCACAAUAUGGUAGACCAUCCCUCAAAUUCAUGUUUUCCUGUGGUCACUUCCAAAUGUGAAGUUAACAAAGGAAAGAAUGCAUUUGAGGAGAGUCUUUGGAAGCUAUUUAAACAAUAAAUAUGAUUUAUAUCCCAAUUAGCGUAGGACCCAAUAAUACUUGGGUAUUGUGACGUAGUGAUGGGCUUAAAACAAUCUGGCCAUAUGGUGUAACUGAAUCCCAAUAUGUGCCAGCGGUUUUAUAUAGCAUUGUAAGAUUAAAACCUGGGUUUUUUGCUUUGUGCACUGUUGCCCUAAUCAAUACAUUGUAUUUAUUUUAGUCUUCACAGCAGCACCAAUACUAAGAAAUGCGUAUUCAGUGUGUGCCCCUUAAUUCCCUUUCAGUCUGUGUCUGAUGUUUACGGGCACAUAAUAGUACUUCAGAAAGGCACAUGUUACCAUUGCUUCAUUUUUAAGGUACUGCUCUAGUACCCUGCUGAACUCUUUCUGCAAUCAAAGAAACACUCCAUAGCAAAAUAAAUUAAAUCAUUAAGUAAUGAUAUUCCUUUAAACAUUCUCAGGAGAAUGCUGUACACAUUCUCAUUCAAAACUGAUAACUAUAUCGUGAAUGCGAUCAGCUUAUUGAGCCAUUCCACUCAUGUGGGCUGGUCUAUAUGUAUUAAAGCCCCUGCUGAAAUAAGAAAAGAUAAGUAGUGUAGCCCAAACAAGAGGCUCUGAGUUGGUAGAAGCUCUGCCUGGUAUGGGAGUGGUGUGUCUCCUUUUACCACCUGCAUGUUUAAGUCAGCAGGUUUAGGAUUGCUAACCAUGAACAGUGGUGGCUGGUAAUGUUUUAAGAUCUUCUCAGCAUAAAUUUAACCCCAUCCUUUAAAGGGACACUAUAGGCACCCAGACCACUUCAGCUUAUUGAAGUGGUCUGGGUGCAGUGUCACAGGUCCCUUAACCAUGCAAAAGUAAUUUAUUGCCGUUUUAAAGAAACUGCAAUAAUUACAAUUCCACCUCUAGUGGCUGUCUACCUUUCCGGGCUGUUAGGUGACUUUUGGUCGCCUAACUGAUAAUGGACGUCCUCAUGCUAUGCAUGAGGACUUCAAGCAUCACCCGAAACCCCUUAGGAAUCCUAAUGCAAGCGCAGCCAUUGCUGUGCAUGUGAAUUAGGUCUCCGCCGCUUGCUGUCUGCGGGGGAGUGGGGCACGAGGGAGAGAGAAGCUAUAGUGCCAUGAAAACAAGUUUGUUUUGCUGGUACUAUAGUUUCCCUUUAAUCUGGCAUCUUGAUUCUUCACUUCAUAUAUACACAUCCUAAUGGUAGUCCCCAUUCAAUACAGAAUUACCCAUACAAUACUCAGAGCUAGUUAUAAUAUAGAGAUAUCCAUGUAAUGCUCAUAGCCAAGUAUAAUAUAGAGAUACAUAUACAAUACACAGAACGUAGUACAAUACAGAGAUACCAAUGAAAUACAAAUAACUCCGUACAAUACAUGGUAGAGCUGGUGAGUAUAUCCAUUAUUGUUAUUAUUUUAUUAUUCAUAAAGUGCCAGAUUCCAUAGUGCUGUACAAUGGGUGAACUAACAGACAUGUUGUAACCAGACGAGUUGGACACACAGGAACAGAGGGGUUGAGGGCCCUGCUCAUUGAGCUUACAUGCUAGCGGGAGUGGGGUAUAGUGGCACAAAAGGGUAGAAGUAGGGGCAAAGGUAGGUUGCUAGUAGUAUUCACUGAGGGCUUAGUAGGUUAUUUUUGACAGUUGCAGGAUAAGAAUCUGGAUACGGGGAGGGAAAGCUGUUUAAAGUUUAGAUGAUAUGCUUUCCUGAAAAAGCCAGUUUUCAAUGAUUUGUUUUGAAUGAGUGGAGACUGGGUGAAAGUCUAACAGAAAAGGGAAGCGAGUUCCACAGAAGAGGUGCAGCCCCAGAGAAGUCUUGAAGGAGAGAUCAGAGGUGGGCUUACGGACAGAGGAUAGACGUAGGUUUUUGGUAGAGCGCAGGGGCCUAGACAGGACAUACUAGUGUAUUGGGGAGGAUAGGUAGGUUGGAGCAGCAUUACAUAGGGACUUGUAAGCAAGCACCAGAAUUUUAAAUUGAGCCCUGUAUCUAACUGGAAGCCAAUGUAGUGACUGACAGAGUUGGGUAGACUAAAGAGAUACCCAUACAACAGGCAGAGCUGAGUAAAAUACAGAGCAAAUAACACACAGACCUGGCACAAUAAGAUACCCAUAAUUAUCCCUCACGGUCAGGAUUACUGUGAUGGAUUACACUGAAUUACAAUACAGAUAACCACACAGUACAAUGUCUCUAUAUUGUCCUUUAUUUCUCUCCCCACCUUCCCUGAGGAUCUAGGUCUCCCUUUUCUGAUCUCAACUUUAUUGCUGCUGUUAUGACAUCUUUGGCUUUCUAGUAAAUGUUGCUACUUGUUUGAAACAUGUCAGCUACUCCCCACUCCAAUGUUGUAUCUGUCACGGUAUAUAAAUAUAACACAAUACAUUGAGUACAAACCCAGAGAGUUGCCAGCUUAACGAGCGUAACAGAAGUAGUGACCAGGGAGAUCAAAGACACGGCAAAGUCACAGAGAAGCCAGUAAUCUUGCAUUCGAUGUACAAAACCAGGUCAGGGAAGCCAGAUAUCAGGAUAGUCAUGGGUGUCUCAGAUACAGAGUUAAGACUACACUAUAACAUGUUCAGCAAGAGUUAUUAAAACUGUUAAUGACAGGCAGCACAGUGCAGCGAGAAAUAUCUGUCAUUUUCCUCCCUCUCCUUGUCCUCUCCGGCGUGUGUUUGUAUGUGGGUGUGUGUGUGUGUGUGUGUGUGUGUGUAUAUGUAUGUGUGUGUGUAUAUAUAUAUAUAUAUAUAUAUAUAUAUAUAUAUAUAUAUAUAUAUAUAUAUAUAUAUAUAUAUAUAUACUAUAAAACGUACAAAAUCCAGCGCACUCGCUCAUUCACUAAACUGCAAUUUCAAGUCUCACAGAAUGUAAUAGUUUUUAUUUAAAAACACCUCACCUAGGCAAAAAAUAAUGGAGGUUUAGUUACAUUAUAUGAUCAUAUAUUGCAUAAGCCUGCCACAAUGUCAAUGUACCCCAUUCUUGGCAGGUCCUAUCCUAGUAGCCUAAUGCUUGCUCUUAUGAGAUUAAUCCACUUACUUGGGAAAUUCUUCCUCCUGAGAUUCUCUACAGGUCAAGGCUAAAUAUGGCCCUGGAAUGAGGCACCUGUGACAGGGAGGGGUGAAGAAGUUAGUCUUAACCCCCCCAAAUAUAUAAAUGAAACCAAAAAGGCUGCACUCACCUGAACAUACAUUAUAGGGUGCAUGUUUAGGUCAGUGCAGCCCUCUUGGUUUCAUUUAUAUAUUUGGGAGACCAGGCAACUCCUUGUACCACCAGUACUUUGGCAAGUUGAUGUCAAUACCAGUACUCUAAUUCACAAAUCGGGGUACACAUCAUAGAUAAAUAUAUAUUAUUGGCAUUAUUGUGUCUACAGGUUUCUUCUUUACAAUCAGUUCACACAAGUCUCUGUCCUGAACACUGCUAAUAGUGCAAGGGUGCUGUUUCCUUCACCAGCUUUUGCACAGGGAUAUAUUAACUGGCCAUAGGAUAUAGGUGCUGUCCAAAAGUCUAGUUUAAAUAGUUAAUCAGUCCCACAAGGCAAACUCCCAUCCUCAUACGGAGGUAUUUGCAUAUUGGCCCAACUCUUAGUUAGAGCCUCACUCCAUCCAGUAAGGGCUUCAUCUUGUACACGUCCCCGAAAGACCAACAUCCCUUCCACAUUCGGUGUCUCAAGCCCUACUGCCUGUCUUAGCACUUAGUAGGGCCUCACUUUCCCCUGGUUUAGCUAAUUUCUUCCCUACUCAGCACUAAUUUGGCCGCCAGUUGAUUUAGGAAUACACGCUUGAUGAGUUCUGUUACAAUUACAUGUACAUUUAUUUGUUGUAAUAUAUAUAUAUCCCUAUCCCUCCCCAGCACUCCCACUAGACCCUGUGCCCCAUCCAGACCAAGCACACUAGCAGAGAGCCAGGAAACCUCAAGCCCUAGUUCUAUAUUAAGCUUAUCCCCCCAACCCCCAAAACCAAUCUAGUGUUUCUAAACUAUUGCAAGUAAAUUAUUUCUCACAUAAAUAUGCCCCAAGUUCUCAUAUGCCUCCACUAAUCAUUUUUCAUUUAUAUUUCCAUAAUUUGUAAUCAUUAUCUACGCAUACUGGUCACUGGAGCAUCUUCAUAAAUCAAUUUCUGUUUGCCAGAAUGAAAGGGAAAUUUACCAGGGCACCGUGUGCAUCUAAACCAGUUUCAGAUAGAUUAUUGCGUAGGUGGAUCCCCUAUUUCGUAGACUCAAGAUACCUGGCAAACUUGGAUUUAUAAAACUGCAUUUCAUAUACACAUUGAAAGCUGGCAUUAUUGUCCUUACCAUUCUAGAGAAGCAAUAUGAUGUAUAUCCUAUUUGCCAUAACAGCAGGGGAAAAAAAAAAUCUUAAACACUGCUAAGUUGUCUUUAUGUGUUUAAAACUAUCAAGAAAUGAUGAAUGUGUCAACUCUGCUUUAUUGUAUUUACUUAAAAUGUUAGUGAGCUUAGUUUUAAUGUGUUGUCCAAGUGGAACAGCACCUCUCCUAGUCCUAUUAUAGUACCUGCAGUAAUGAUUAAUGACUGACAGGUUAUUAGAAAUAUCACAUCACAGAUAAAAAAUCAUAUAGUUUGAUCACAUUUUAGAGGCUUCAUAUCAUUCACUAUAACAAUAAUUUUAAUCCUUGGUACACAUGUAUGGUACAUGUGUACCAAGCUCUUUUGAUAUAUCUAAUAAGAUAAUAAACUGAAGGUCAUUUUAAAAUGCUGCAAAUGAUCUAUUGUGUCUCUAUCAACCUUAAUGUAGUUAAAGAUUUAGCUCAUUUAGAAGAUUAAAGCAAGGAAGGCUGCAUCCAGAAAAAUGGGCAGAGAACCAGUUUAAAAGUACAAGAUGUACAGUGCUUGAUGAGUACUGGCCGUUUUGGCUUUCCACCAAAACAAAAAAGAAUGACAAACCUUUUAUUUUCUUCUUUUUUAUGCCGAAACCUUAAAGGCAUAUACCUUAAAUCUUAUGCGUGUAUAAGAAAAUUACUUAAAGGGAAAUUGCCAAAUCUUUUUCACACUUUCCAUAGGAAAAUGAUUGGUGGAAUAGCAAUGUUCUAUAACUUUCUUUUAAUAAUUUUAUAUAUUAUUAAACAAUAAGUUAAUUUACUUGCACAGCAAGCUCCAUAUAUACAGCAUAAUAGUUUUACAUGUAGGAAUGUAUGUGCAUCAUGAUUUCUACAGUGUAGAAAUGCCCUAGCCACACUUUCAAACUUUGAACAACGUGUGGCCAAAUUUCAGAAUUUUAAUGUUUUCCCAGCUGCUAUAGCAGGCGAUUAAGCAACUUGCAGUUCUUCUGCUGCUGAUAAACUUCUGUUCCUAGAUAUGAUUGUGGUUCUGUGAUCCUUAUAUCAACAAAAUAUAAUCAGUCCUGUAUCUCUUGCAAGAACUUGUUUAUUGAAACAGUACACAGCCUUAAUUAAAGGAAAGUAUCAAGACACUAAAAAAGAAGAGGGAUGAAAAUAAUUUGAAUGUUUUUUUUAAUUUAUCUGAUCGAAUUCUUACAAUGGAAGAAACCUCCAUACUUCAGAAAGGCCUUAAGUUUGCACAUAGCUCUUCUAAUUCCAAAUUUAAUAAAUACAUUGAUCUUCACAAAUAUGCUAGGAAAUUAACAGUAAAACAAUUAUUUCUAGAUAAAGAUUUUAACAUGUCUUCAAAUAAUAACCAAUAUGAACAUACUGCUCUACAUCCAAGAUCCACAUUUUAUCCUCAACAAACCAAACAUGACCAUGUUAGUCUUUGAAAAAAAUAUGGAGAAAGACUUAAGAGCACUGAAUAUACAAGAAAAGUCGUACGACAAUUUUACAAAAAAGGAAAGGAAUGCUUUAACCCCUUAAGGACACAUGACAUGUGUGACAUGUCAUGAUACCCUUUUUUAUUCCAGAAGUUUGGUCCUUAAGGGGUUAAAAAAACGUAAUGUAAGACGACCAGAUUGUAAUAAGAGCUGCAGAUAAGGGUGGGGGCCUUGUAAUUCUAAACUUGUCUGACUAUAAAAUUGAGAAUCAAAGACUACUCAAUGAUGAGAAAACAUAAAUAUAAAAUCUUAGAAAAGAUUCCUUGUGAAGAAUUCAAACAAGAUUUAUUAACUCUUUAAGAUGAAGGGAAAGACAGAUGUAUUUUAAACCAAAAGGAAUAUGAUUUUUUAUAUAUAUAUAUAGUAAGUUUCCUAGAAUGGCCGUAUUCUAUCAUGUAUCCAAAAUAUACAAAAGAUUAGUCACCCCCCUCAGAACAACCAAUUAUUUUAGAUAUUGGUUCCCUGACAUACAUUUCUACAAAAAAGGGUAGUGAAACUGAAAUCCUAUCUAAGAGACACUACACAUAUUAUUCAAAAUCUGUCUACAUUAGAAUGAAAAAAUAUUUUAGUUACAGCAGAUGUUACGUCGGUCAUUGAACAUCUUCAAGGAUGUGAGGCAAUCCAACACUCCGAAUUAAAAAAUGACCAAAUUGAUUACUUAGUCAAAUGUGUUGCAUUCAUUUUUAGUCACAAUUUUGGGGGGCAAAUAACCAUUUUUAUCUACAAAUUGAAGGGAUUACCAUGGGAACUAGAUUUGCGCCAAGCUACGCUAAUUUAUUUAUGGGAAAGUGGGAAGAUGAAUUUAUUUGGACUAACACCCACAUGGUGCAAAUCUGGUCCUAUGGCAGAGAUACAUUGAUGAUUGCAUUUUUAUUUGGAAAGGGGACCACUCAUCAUUAGAACAUUUUAGAAUGUUUUAAAGAAUAUCUUAAUUUUAAUCCUUAUAACCCCUAUAGAUGGGGGGAGGGGAAGGAGACUGAGGGAGAGAUGGGGGGAGACUGAGGGAGAGAUGGGGGAGGGGAAGGAGACUGAGGGAGAGAAGGGGAAGGAGACUGAGUGUGGGAUGGGAGAAAAAAAAUGAGGGAGGGAUGGGGGGGAAAGAAAACAUGGGGGGAGAGGGGGGACGACAUACACACAGCACCCCUGCCCUACACAUAUCACCCCACAAAAAGACACACACACACACACACACCACCCCACCCACACACAUCACCCCCCCACCCACACACAUCACUCCACACACAAACACAUACACUGUACCCCUCAAUGCAGUGUGUGUACACUCAGCAGUCUGUCUGUAUUUGGAGGACAUACCUGGGUAGCGGACUUGGUGUGCUAUCGUCGUUUCAUCGACGAUAUAUUUUUCAUCUGGACGGGAACUAGGACAGAGCUAGAUGUGUUUAUCACAUUUUUAAAUAAAAAUGAUUGGAAUAUUGUUUUAACGGCGCAAAUAAGUGAGGAAAGUAUAAAUUUUUUAGAUCUUGAUAUUAAAAUCACGAAUACUUGCAUUAACACAAAGAAUCAUUUCAAAGAUGUGGAUGCAAAUGGAUACAUUCGGAAAGAGAGCUGUCACUACACACCCUGGUUAAGGAACGCACCUAGAGGACAAUUUUUAAGAAUUAGGCGCAAUUGCACCAAUGAUGAAGACUACCUAUUACAGGCAGAAAGGAUAAAGACCCAAUUUCUCCAAAAAGGAUAUGCAGAAAUAGAUCUACAGACAUCUCUAGAAGAUGUCCGUACAAUACCAAGAAAGAACCUUUUAACAUAUAAAGAUAAAAAGGGGAAACAAAAAUGGAACAACGAUGUCCCAUUUAUUUGUAACUUUAAUGGGAACUAUAAAAAAGUUAAUAAAAUUAUAAGUAAACAUUGGCACAUCUUGCAAGACGAUCCAGUCUUAAAAAAUAUUUUACCAGUAAGACCUAAGAUCAUUUACAGGGGAGCAAAAAAUUUAAAAAGCACUUUAGUACAAAGUAGUGAUAAACAAAGUUUAGUGGAAAAAAAUUUCCUAAGACAAAAUAAAGGCUUUUAUGGUUGUGGUCAGUGCCUAGCAUGCAGAAAUACUAAAAGUAGGAAGCGUCAUAUAAUAGAUAUGGAACCUUGGAUAAAUCAAAAAUUUCAAAUCCGAGAUCAUUUAACUUGCUACUCCAAAGGGGUUAUUUAUGUUCUGAAGUGUCAGUGUAAUCUCCUAUAUGUAGGAAGAACGAUUAGAUGCUUAAAUACGAGAAUAGCAGAACACACGAGGAAUAUAAAAAAUGGAUUGGAGUCACAUAGUGUCUCCAACCAUUUUAAGAUAUUCCAUAACCAAGAUCCUAAAGGAUUGUUCUUUUGUGCAAUAAAAUUGGUUAAGAAAGAUUGGAGAGGAGGAGAUUACAUCAGGAAAAUAGGAAUAGAAGAAAUGAGAUUUAUUUUCAAUUUUAACACUAUGGCACCCCAUGGCUUAAAUCAAGACUUUGAGUUAUGUCAUUUCAUGAAUUAAGAAACAAAGGAAAAGAAAGAAGGAAAUAUUAUUUUUAUAUAAAUUUGAUACAGGUGUAUUUUGCCAAAUUAUAUGCAUUUUUAGUAAGGAUACUAUUUUAUUAAUUUUCUCUUUUAGUUCUUGAAAUGGCAUACUCUUGAAUACUAUUGUGGAAACCUAAAUAACACCAUAUAAGCACUUAAAAGCACUUCAAUAUAUAAAAGCACUUUAAUGGGAAAUGUUUAUGUCACCUUUAUAAUAUAAGAGCACUUUAAAAUAUGUAAAUCACUCUUUUUCCAUAAAACAUCUUAAGAAUAAUGUCUUGCACAUUGUAUAAAGAUUUAAAGGGAUUUGCAUCAUCCUUUAUUAUAAAAUAUAGAUUGGGAUCCUCUAAUAUGGAUGCAGAGUUUAUUGUUAUAUAUAUAAUGAUGCAUAGAAUAGAUUUACACACUAAUGACACACUAAUAUAGUACAUUGAUACAUAUAAAUACGUGAAAAAUAAAUUGUCAGAGUGAAUUGAAUGAAAGGAAUGGAGGAUGAUGCCGGUGGAGCGCAUUAUGCGUUCCAGUUGACCGAGACCAGCACCCGGAAGUGACGAAACAGGAAAUGGUAUGAUUGGAGCGCAUGAUGCGUUCCAACCGGAUAAGGCGCUAACCCGGAAGUGACGGAGCAGGAAAUUACAUCAUUGGAACGCAAAAUUGCGCUCCGCGAAAACCGGAACCCGGAAGUGAAAUUGAGCGGACUGUUUAAAUAACUGAAAAGACGAAACAGUGGGCAAUUUAGCCGACUGAGGAAGCCUGUUGUACCAGGCGAAACGCGUUUUGGCGACUACUAAGGACUAUAUAGCCCCAUUUAAAGUUGUUACAUUUUAUUUUUGAUUUUAUUUGUCAAUUCUUUUUCUUUUAUAAAAAAGAUUUUUAUUAUUAAUAAAGCACCAACCUUUUAGAAACCUAUUUUUGACCUGACGUCUUUUGGUCUGGAAGUUGGUUAAAGGUGGUUACAGACGGAAUCCUACAAGAAAGAAGGAUCUGGACAUCCUAAAUUGGUCCAAAGGCACACAUCAUCUGAGUCAUAUGAAAUUAUGACUCCAGGCUUGUGAGUGGAAUACCUGCUACAUAUAUACUUUUAAUUUUAUUUACUGUAUUACACUAUGGUUUUUAUUCUAUUUUACAGAAUAUCUGUUAUAUUGUCAUUUUAAGAAGCUCCACCCGUUUUAUGUAUGUACACUCAGCAGUCUGUCUGUGUGUGUGUGUACUCGGCUGUCUGUGUGUGUGUGUGUAUUUAGCAGUCUGUGUGUGUAUUCAGCAGACUGUGUACUCAGCAGUCUGCUAAAUACAGACAGACUGCUAAAUACACAGACAGACAGACUGCCGAGCACACACACAAACUGCUUAAUACACACACAGAGAUGUUAAUUAGUUCGGACAACUGUAUGAGUUGUUUUUUCUAAACUUAAACCUCAGUAUUCAGGUUUAAAUAACGUUUUGGCACUUUGAGGGAAAAAAAUUGGCAUGUAUUACGGUUUGGGCACUCGGGCUCAAAAAGGUUCGCCAUCACUGCCUUAGAACCUAAAGGUUUUGAAUUGAAUACAAAAUAUAUAUAACAAUAUAUUCUUGUGAAUCCAAAAUUCUAAUUUUUUAAUUUUUUCCCAAUUAAAUUUCCUCUAAUUCUUCACCCCUUCUAUUCUUUCUAUUGUUGCACUUUUAAAUAUGUUUCUCAUAACAAGGUUUUAUUAUUAACAAUUUCAAAGAUUGACAUUUUUAUAAUUAUCAUCUUUAAGAACUGACACUUUUAAAAUUACAAUUUUCCCUUGAUUUAAAAAAAAAAAAAAAUUUGGUAUGAAAUUCAUAUAGUUUGGUUAAUUUCCUCCAACAUAGCCCCCUAUGCGCCUCUACAUCAAUCCCCCAUUCUGCUACUACAGACCCCUAACUUGCUACUUACAGCCCCAAACCCCCCAACUAGAGCCGCCAAACCCUUACACUACAGUCCCCUGUCUGCUCCACUACAGCCCCCUAUCCGCCGCUACAACCCCUAUCACCCUGCUAAAGCCCACCACCAGUGCCCUCCCGAGAUUUGGUUCUGGAUCCGUCCCUGCUCCAGCUGCUAUAAACACUUCAAUGUUUAUAGAAUCUUUAAUGUUCAAAAAGGAAGCAGUUACAGUAGCUACAGUGUCCCUUCAAUAUGUAGCCAAUCCUCAUCCAUUUCUUCUUAGUGAAGUGAUGCUCUUUGUAAAUGUAAUACUAAGUGCUUCUAUUUACAAUGCAGGAAACCUGUUGAAUUUAUCUAGUGCAUUUCUUUUGCAAAAAGAGUUGACUGAGUGAGUGGCCCUGGCUUAUUUUAUCUGUGGAAGUCCGUAUAAGUCACAGUAAAAUAUGAAAUGAAUGCUCAAUGAAGUAAAACUAAGCUCUAUAAUGUAUUGUCCUGUAAAGAAAACAAAAACAUAUAUUACUGGAAAAAUAUACAAUUAAUAUAUUAUAUAAUCUAAUUAAUAAGCCAGACAAUUCCUGACACAUGGGUAAAAAUGCCACAUCAGAAAUUUUGAGAAUUACUUGUCCAGCAUCCAGAGAGCAAAUAUGUACACAUAUCCUAAAUUCACCAGGCAAAAAACACUCAUAAUAAAUCUGCAAUUUUAUUUCUACCAUUAUAUUGAUUCAUACUUCUACUAAUUAUUUAUAACCACAGCAAAUAUAUGGAUUAAAGGGAAACUAUAGUGCCAGUAAAACAAACUCGCCCCUCAGCGCUGGCUCAGCUCCGCCCAUGCUCCAUCCCCGCCAAUGUCUGCCGGCAGGGGAGACCUAAUGCGCAUGUGCGGCAAUGGCCGUACUCGUGUUAGGAUUUCCCCAUAGGAAAGCAUUAUUCAGUGCUCUCCUAUGGGGAUUCCAGGGAUGCUGGAAGGCUUCAUGCAUAUUGUGAGGACGUCCAGCGUCGUUUAGGCAACCAAAAAUCGCCUGUCCACCCAGAAGUCCCUCUAGUGGCUGUCUGUAGACAGUUUUAGAACUUAUUCACAGUUUUAGAAAAGAAACACAAAUCUGCCAUUAACUCAACAUGUUUAUUAUUUAAUGUUUUUAUUUAUUUAUAUUUGUGAUAUUUUUUUUAGUGGAAAAUGCACAUACAUGCAAGUCAGAUUUUUAAUGUUUUAAAGAAUAAUUAGAGACAAUACACAAUGUGUGUGUGUAGGGGAUGCAGUCUGUGUGUGUGUGUAAAUAUGUGGGGUAGGAUUCUGUGGCUAAUAAUGUUGUGAGGUAAAAGGUUGUUUUUUUUUUUUUUUUUAAUCAUUUUAUAUAAUUAUCAUAUUACUUGAUAAUUAAUUUAAAAAAAGAAUUGACAUUUUAUUCCCCUGUCCAUACCAUUUUCCUGUGGCCUGGGAGGUGCAAAUUACAUUCCCUAGUGGUCCAGUGGCCUUGUGUAAGCUGCCAGGAGGUUGCAUAUUUAAGUGGGGGCGAUUGGGACCAGCACACUAUUUCUUCUGUUUCCGGCAGCUCCUCUCUCCAGUUCUCGUGAAGCUGGUAUGCCGCGCAGAGCUGUGCCAUGGUAACCCAUGGAGUUACGGGUUAGAGAUGGAGAGAGGAACUGCCAAAACAGAUGAUAGCAUAUGCUUGGUCCCAGCCACCCCCUCUUCAAUGUGAGAGGCAAUCAGAAAAACUGUCACACCCACCCCCAUUCCUCCUGCUAGUACACCACUGGUAUAAUUGUAAACUAAUACAGAUUCUGCCGAAUAUUGGCCGAUAAUAACCGAUUGGCCAACUGAUUAUCGGUCAUUCAUAUGUGCAAUACCAUUUUAUUUUUUAAAAGCACAAAGUAUAAUUCUAUUAAAGGGACACUUUAAGCGCCUAAACAAUGAAGUGGUUAUGGUGUUUGUACCAUUCCCUAGUCUAACUGCUCCAUUCUCUGCAAUUUAGGCAUUAAACCUCUUUGUUUAAUCAGCCCUUGCUGUUGACUCACACAGCUUGCCUACAAACUUUAUGAAAAAUAACUAAAACAUUUUCAUCUUUAAUUAUUGCACAUUUAAUUUAAAAAUUCCUAUUGUUUACCCUUUUAAUAACCUGCUAGAGUUUGGAGCAGUGUCCUGCGUGUGAAAAAGUUCAAUUAGCAGAAUAGUAGAUAAGAACUUCUAAAAUAAACACGCUGUAAAAAUGAAAUCUUUUUACUGUGUGAGCUAAGGCCAGGGGAGGUGUACUAGGGCUGCACAAACAAAGUAAAUGGCAGAGAACUGAGCAAUGAGACUGCAAGCACGUGAUCUAUAAACUGAAACUCUUUUUUUGGGGGGUGGGGGGUGUUAAGAUAAGGUUGUUUAGGUCCUUUAAUCUUAUUUGCCAUGCUUUACUGUGGUAUUUUCAUCUUAAAAUUUCUUAAACUUUGAACUCUGUAAAUAUGCAUUAUUAUUAUUUUGUUUUCCAGAUCACCAAAUGACACUUUGUUCUCUAUUUAACUACUGGAUUGCGGAUAUACUCCCCAUGCGAAAUAAGUAAAUUAUGUCAAUAUUUGAAAUUUGUAUGUCUUUACUGGAUAUAAUAAUAUGCAGUGUACCCUUUACAAUGCAUACUUGCAGCAUUGGAGAAUGAAAUGGCUAAAACGACCUGAUGAUAUUUCAUAAAUUCCACAUACACUGUGCAUGAUCUACACAUAUACUAAGGUUCUGCUAUACAUUUUAUCAUCUGUUAUUUGGCAUAGUAACUGAACAGCAACAUCUAAAGUGAAGGGUAUUCACAAGGGCAGCCAAGACAUUAGUUUAAGCUAGCCAUUGCAAUAAAUUAAUAAUUUUAAUUAGCUCCCUGUAGACCGCCACUAACAUAACUCCAGAUAUGUUUUUACAGAAGACAAAGCGAAGUCUACCGGCAAGGGAUAAAAUUAUAGACCUUAGUGCAUUCACACAACGGUUAUUUAGUAAGUGCUAUAUAUACUAUAUUCUAAUAUAUACAGGGCUUCAAAUUUCACUAGCUAGGCUUUGAAUGUUACUCAAUGUUACACAAAGACCACACCAAACAAUAAAAGUAUAUCUUAGCAAACAAAGUAUAUUAUAACAAUAUGUAACUGUGUUUGUGGUAUAUGAGAACGACAGUGGUAGAUUACCCCUAAAUCCUUUCAUAAUGUUUUUUAAAAAGCCAAAAUAUCAUACUGAUGGUAGGUGUUACAGUUUAUUUCGAAAAGAAAGGAAACAUAAAAUAGUGAUAUUGCUUAAACGGGUUUUUUGCACUAAUUUGCAUUUAUGAGAUUGUUGGACCAUAAUCAGCUCCAAGGUGCCUCCUCCAAUAUCCUGGUGGGCUUAAUGCUCUGUGGAUUACAAACACCUCUUUUCCAAUUAUCGUCAGAUGAACCUCAGCAGGAUUUAGCAAUAAGGUUAAAAAAACAUUUACUGCUUUAAUCCAAAAACAGAAUUACAGUGGCAUAAAGUCUCUAUUAGGAAAAAAUGUGUUGGACUUUUUUGUCUUUUAACGACUCCUGGCACAUGAAGUCAAAGAAUGAUGGUGGUGGAAAGAUGACAGUGAUGAGGGCAGCUUGAGGUAUCUAAAUGCAUGUCAUUUUGUGGGGUCUUUCGGGAAAUAAGAAUGCAAAGACUCCACAAGUGACAGUGGUGCUUUAAAGACAUUUUCUAUGUCACUUUUGGUAUUUUUGGAUUACAAAAUCAACAACCAUGAUGUAAUUUAAAAAUGAUAUUAAUGUAUUUCAAAUGCUGUAUAGGAAAAUGUAAAAACUGGAACCGGGUAGUUGGUAUACAGAAAAUGUAAAUGAAAAUUCAUUCGGUUUUUUUUUUUUUUUGUGUGUACUUAUUACAAUUGUUUGAAUGCUGUCUAUUGUUUUGUUUUGUUUUUUUCUCUUUUCACAUGUGUUUAUGAAUGUGAUUUUAUUAAAAUUGCACAUGGAGCUGAAAUAGUAAAGAUUUAUUUUUGUAUUUUUUUUUUUUUCAUAAUGAGAAUCGACUUAAUGGAUAACAUAGGGGAAUAAAAGGAUGUGGGG